ACAAUGUGUGUGUAUGUGUGUGUGUGCACUGGUGGAGAGCAUGAGGGACGGUGCGCAGUUCUUGGUCAGUAUAGUCUUUUGCCAGUAGUGGUACAAGUAGGCUGCGUCUCACGCCACCUUGGUGUCCGUUCGAAUCUCUACCACUUUUUCCCGCUCUCCACCACUACCUGUCUGACUGGCCUCACUUGCACAUUAGCUGGUCCCCGGAAUCCCCCACCCCCGCAGCCUUAUCUCUCGUUAUCACCAUACUUUUACACCACUUAUUCAAAAAGAAAUGAACUUCGUCUCUUCUGGGAGAGAGAUAAUUCAUUGGUAUAUUGUGUAAUGGUAACGAUCUGAAGAGUUGCCUGCCAGCAGUGGGUCGAGGCAGUGAGUGUAGCAGUGUUAACAGUGAAUCAUUUAUUGUGGCAGGGCCGGCAGUACCAGUCACAACAGGUGCAGCAGCUGCCGAAGCAGUCACAGUGAACAGGAGCAACAGCUGCAGCAGCAGCAGAAGGAAAAGUGGUGGUGGUGGGCAUAGUUGUCACGGCUAAGCACCUGGGACGCCAGUACCUGACUCGGUGGCCAUCGCGCUACAAGCUUCUCUCUCCCCACCUGUUGAUUCUCCACACACGGUUCCUGCUUCUCGCCACCCACCUGCGCUCUGCUCCUCAACGCACUCCUGCUCUGCCACACUACCUUUACUCAUAAGUUGUGCCAUCUUGUCAUACAGUGGCAUCGUGGUGCUGAUGCUUAGCACCCCACUGGAUGUAUAGCUGUGUAAAUUCACACUAGUUGUGUGGGGAUACUGUUGAUCUGGCCUGGGCCUCCGGGUUUACAGUGAAGCCAUAAGUUUUUGUUUUGCUUGUAUUCCUUGAAGUGUUACUUAAGCGUGUAGACACACCAGUGUUUGUCAAAAUGAUUAUAAAUUACACUUGUUAUAUUUAGUCCUUACAGACUGAGUUCCACUGGCGCUUCAAACUGUAUGUACACAUAGCAUAUUGUAAGAAGUUUGAGAAAAAGGAUAAAUGGUAUACGUAUUUAGUGGGAUCAGCUGCAUGCAUGUGCUACAUGCAUGACACUUAGAUUUCUACUCCUCAUGGACUCUUGGAAGAUGAAUGCACUUUAUACGUUAAAAAUCUUGCCCAGAAGUUGUGUACGUCCGGAAGAAUCGUUUUCGCCGUUGGACGAGUGUGAAUCGUGAAGGUCGUGACAGUUAUUUGAAGACUGGUGUAUGAUGGGUGUCAUGCCAGUGUACAGGUGACUGGAGCCUAGGCGGGCGGUGGCUGUGGCUCAGGUGUACAGGGAAGGUGUGUGUGCUGGUGCACAAGUGUGAGAGGAUGGCCACACCUCAGUCUGCUGACAGCAAGGGGGGUCAGCAGCGCGCCGUUACUCUCUACACCAGCAGCAGCAGCAGCAGCAGCAGCAGGAGGAGGGGGUUGGGUGAAGCGCCCCCUGCAUGGGACCUGUGUUGUGGUUGUGUGCCAACCCGCCCCUACCCCACGUCCACCUCCACCUCAUGGACCACACCAUCCCCCGCCUAUCACCCUCUUACCAAAGUACCACAACACCUCACAAUGAGGACCUUGAAGGCUAACUCUCCCAGCUCGGACCGUCGAUUCUGGCGCACUUUUAAAAGGUGCGGUCAUGGCGGCGUGGUGGGCGGGGUGGGCGGCGCAGGCGGCGGCAGCGUAACGGGUAGCGGGUGGCGCGCCGCCCCGAAAUCGGGGGGCGCAGCUUCCGGACCCGGGUCGCCGCCUGCCAUGUCCAAAGGCCGCACGCGGGCACCCACCUCAACAGCGGCCAGCGGAGGAGGCACCAGUAGUGCAUCCCCCCUCUCCACCACCACCACCACAACCACCAUCACCACCACCACGACUACUACAACUCCCUCAACUGCCACCUCCAACAUGAAUGGAGAGAGGCGCUCUGGCGUGGAAGUAGUGCCACCCUCCAGUCGUCGGCCAGUUCGAACUUCAGCCACCUUCACCUCCAGUAUUAAAGGCCUCUUGCAGCAGCGAGAGGACGCUGCUGGAGGCGGCGUGGGUGUGUUCUCCACUCUGCGGCGCUCAUUGCCGCGCUCCAGGUCAGCGUCCUCACACGUGGAGGGGCGCGCUACCCAGGAGGAGGCCACUGGAGCCCGCCGUUCUAACCUGCCUCCCUUGAGGACCACUGGGGGUCCCUCGCCGCGUGGGCGACGAACACUGUCUACCAUGGGCUCUAAAAGACGAUCCGUCAUACUUGAGGAGGACAAGGAGGCUCUUAAUGGUGAAGAGUCAGCAGUAGCGCCGCCCCCUGUGACCGGCGUCACCGGAGGUCGGCGCCACUCUCCCAGGGCGCGGCGCUCUCACAGUGUGCAAGAGGAACGACAGUCCCCGGCUAGAGAUCAUGGCAUUACUAAACAAUAUAGUGUAGAAGAACGUGUGUCAAAAACUAAUAAAUCUUCCCCGGGAGACGAGUCUCCCAGAGCCGAUGAAGAGGACGCUGAUGGCGUCUCAAAAGAAGGGGAAGAAAGAACACGAGAGGCUGGUACUCUAACAGACAAAGAAAAAGUCGAAUGUGAACGUGAUGAAAAAGACAAAGAUGAACGUGAAGAGGAGGAGCGACGUGCUCCUGUAGAGGAGGAGGAGGCAGAAGAAGCAGUGGACAAGUCGCCAGACGGACGCUUUCUCAAGUUUGACCACGAGAUUGGUCGUGGCUCUUUCAAGACGGUGUACCGCGGCCUGGAUACCGACACCGGGGUCGACGUCGCUUGGUGCGAGCUCCUGGUGAGUACUGUCUAUAUUUUCAUGUCUUUAUUGACUCAAGAAAUCGGAUCAUGGCAUCACUAUGGGUGUGCCGUGGCCCGCCAGGGAUCAUGGCAUAACUAUGGGUGUGCCGUGGCCUGCCAGGGAUCAUGGCAUGACUAUGGGUGUGCCGUGGCCCGCCAGGGAUCAUGGCAUCACUAUGGGUGUGCCGUGGCCCGCCAGGGAUCAUGGCAUCACUAUGGGUGUGCCGUGGCCCGCCAGGGAUCAUGGCAUCACUAUGGGUGUGCCGUGGCCCGCCCAGGGAUCAUGGCAUCACUAUGGGUGUGCCGUGGCCCGCCAGGGAAUGGCAUCACUAUGGGUGUGCCGUGGCCCGCCAGGGAUCAUGGCAUACUAUGGGUGUGCCGUGGCCCGCCAGGGAUCAUGGCAUCACUAUGGGUGUGCCGUGGCCGCCAGGGAUCAUGGCAUCACUAUGGGUGUGUCGUGGGCCCCAGGGAUCAUGGCAUCACUAUGGGUGUGCCGUGGCCCGCAAGGGAUCAUGGCAUCACUAUGGGUGUGUCGUGGCCCGCCAGGGAUCAUGGCAUCACUAUGGGUGUGUCGUGGCCCGCCAGGGAUCAUGGCAUCACUAUGGGUGUGCCGUGGCCCGCCAGGGAUCAUGGCAUCACUAUGGGUGUGUCGUGGCCCGCCAGGGAUCAUGGCAUCACUAUGGGUGUGCCGUGGCCCGCCAGGGAUCAUGGCAUCACUAUGUGGUGGGUCGUGGCCCGCCAGGGAUCAUGGCAUCACUAUGGGUGUGCCGUGGCCCGCCAGGGAUCAUGGCAUCACUAUGGGUGUGUCGUGGCCCGCCAGGGAUCAUGGCAUCACUAUGGGUGUGCCGUGGCCGCCAGGGAUCAUGGCAAUCACUAUGGGUGUGUCGUGGCCCGCCUGGGAUCAUGGCAUCACUAUGGGUGUGCCGUGGCCCGCCAGGGAUCAUGGCAUAACUAUGGGUGUGCCGUGGCCCGCCAGGGAUCAUGGCAUCACUAUGGGUGUACCGUGGCCCGCCAGGGAUCAUGGCAUAACUAUGGGUGUGCCGUGGUCCGCCAGGGAUCAUGGCAUCACUAUGGGUGUGCCGUGGCCCGCCAGGGAUCAUGGCAUCACUAUGGGUGUGCCGUGGCCCGCCAGGGAUCAUGGCAUCACUAUGGGUGUGUCGUGGCCCGCCAGGGAUCAUGGCAUCAUUAUGGGUGUGCCGUGGCCCGCCAGGGAUCAUGGCAUAACUAUGGGUGUGCCGUGGCCCGCCAGGGAUCAUGGCAUAACUAUGGGUGUGCCGUGGCCCGCCAGGGAUCAUGGCAUCACUAUGGGUGUGCCGUGGCCCACCAGGGAUCAACGCAUCACUGUGGGGGUGCCGUGGCCCGUCAGGGAUCAAGGCAUCACUAUGGGCGUGCCAUGGCCCGCCAGGGAUCAAGGCACCACUGUGGGUGUUCCAUGGCCCGCCAGGGAUCAAGGCAUCACUGUGGGUGUGCCGUGGCCCGCCAGGGAUCAAGGCAUCACUAUGGGUGUGCCAUGGCCCGCCAGGGAUCAAGGCACCACUGUACUACGACACAGUAUGGCAAUGCGACACAUCAGUAUGACAAUAUGACACAUCAAUAUGGCAAUAUGACACAUCAGUAUGUCAAUACGACACAUCGGUAUGGCAAUGUGACACAUCAGUAUGACAAUACAACACAUCAGUAUGUCAAUACAACACAUCAGCAUGGCAGUAUGACAAAUCAGUAUGUCAAUGCAACACAUCAGUAUGGCAAUAUAACACAUCAGUAUGACAAUACAACACAUCAGUAUGGCAAUAUGACACAUCAGUAUGACAAUACAACACAUCAGUAUGGCAAUAUAACAUCAGUAUGGCAAUAUGACAAAUCAUUAUGGCAUCACUACACAGCAAGGCUCUUCAGAUAUCUACGUCGUUUACGGAAGGUCAACCUAAAGGUACUGAAAAGCUGGUGCCGGCAGAUAUUAAAGGGGCUACAGUUUCUUCACUCACGUUCUCCUCCCAUCAUACAUCGAGAUCUCAAGUGCGACAACAUUUUUGUCACCGGAACAACAGGCUCUGUAAAAAUUGGAGAUCUAGGGCUUGCCACACUUAAAAAUAGAUCAUGUGCUAAAUCAGUAAUUGGCACACCAGAGUUCAUGGCCCCAGAGGUAUACGAGGAACAUUAUGAUGAAAUGGUGGAUGUCUAUGCCUUUGGUAUGUGUAUGAUGGAGAUGGCAACGUUGGAGUAUCCAUACAAAGAGUGCUCGGGCCCAGCUCAGAUUUACAAGAAGGUUACCACGGGAGUGCGGCCCCAGAGUUUUCUCAAGAUUGAAGAUGAAGAUGUAAAAUAUAUUGUGGACUGGUGUACAAGAUUACAUAAUGAGGAACGACCAACUGUAAAAGAUCUUUUGAACCAUGAGUUCUUCCAAGAAGAUACUGGCAUCAAAGUGGACCUUGGAAAUAAAGAAGAAGCUAUAGCCUCUGAUGUAGGAAAAGUUGUAUUGAGGCUGCGAGUCAUUGAUGCCAAAAAAAGAAAAGAUAAGCACAAAGAAAAUGAAGCAAUCCAGUUUGAUUUUGACACAGAGAAUGACAAUCCAGAUAUGAUUGCAGAAGGAAUGGUGAAAAUGGGAAUGAUCCUUGAGGAGGAUGAACGGUCAGUGGCUAAGAUGAUUAAUACACAAAUACACAAUCUUCAGCGGGAACGCGAAGAAAGAAGAAAGAAAGAUGCUAUGGAAAAAGAAAAACAUCAAUUAGAAGAACAGAACCAAAUUCAACAGCAGUUACAGCAGCAGCAACAACUACAGCUGCAACAACAACUUCAGCCAUCACAGCAGCCAACAUUACAAACACAGACUUCGGUCCAGCAGCAGCCUACUGUGCAACAGCAGGCACCACAAGUACAACAAAGUCAGCCUGACCAGCAACUUCCACUUCCUCAGCCAACUCAGCAGCAACAGUCACAGCAGCCAACUCCACAGCAACAACAGCAGGUGCAACAGCAGCAGCAACAGCAGCAACAACAACAGCAGCAGCAGCAGCAGCAGCAGCAGCAGCAACAACAACAGCAAGUUGCUCAGCAAGAUGCUCAACCACAACUAGUGGGGGAGGUAAUUCCUCCAGAUCAGCAAGCAGAUGGUGUACGAGAAUCUGGUUACUACACGUUGACCUCAGGAAGCGACAGUCAGCAGGCAUUCACACAGGAUGGUCAAUACUUUGGUGGCAACUUUGGGUUUGGCAGCUAUCCUGGUAGCUCCUCACAAUUCCAACCAGUAAGUUCUAGUUACCAACAACCUCAAUACCAGCAGACUCUUACCACUGGAAUUGCUUCGGUCUCCCAGAGCUACUUGCCCACUUCAGUUUAUCAAACAGUUCCACAGCAGACAAGCCAACAGCAGUCAUCCCAACAGCCUACUCAGCAACCAUCUCACCAAACUUCACAACAGCAGGUAGAUCAACAACAGCAACAGCAGCAACCACAUCAGCAGCAGCAACAUCAGUCAGAAUAUUAUAGUCAUAUUAAUUCACAGGUUCCAGUAGGGAGUGGAACUUCAGCAAUUUCAUCACAGCACCAUAUGGGGAUGGCACAACCCCAGGUGCUUUCUUCACAAGGAGUAAUUGUUGGUGCAUCCUCAUUAGUUAUGGCUUCUCAGCCAAUGGCAGGUCUAAGUCAUCCUUUAGUAAUGGCCUCGGUUCCCAUGGUGGUGCCUUCUAUAUCCUCAGUGGCAAUGUCUCAACACAUAAGUCAGCCUGUGGUAUCAGUGAUGUCCCAGCUCUCUGGAAUAACGCCACAGCCUCCUUUAUCCUCUCAGCCUCUUGUACUUCCAACUCAACCUGCAUCCCUUUUGUCACAAGCAUCCAUGAUACCCUCACAGCCAAAUAUCCUCUCAUCACUGCCACAGGUUUUCUCCCAGGCAUCUGUAUUGCCUCCUCAUUCUCAAACAGUACUUCCUCAAUCAGUAGGAAAUAUAUCACAAGCACCUGUGGUGUCAGAGACAUCAGGGAUUAUGCCUCAUCUAAGAAUGGCACCACAAUCAGUGGUAGCAUCACAACCACUGCCAGUACCACAGUCAAUUACAGCUUCUCAACCAGGGGUAGCAACACAACCAGUGAUAGCUUCACAACCAGUGCUAGUAUCACAGCCAAUUAUUGGUCCACUUAUAGCAGACACGUCACAAUCCAUGGUUGGUACACACCCAGUGAUUAUGCCACAGCCAGUAGUUCACUCACAGCCUGUGGUUGCUUCACAGCCAUUGGAUGCAUCACAGGCAGGGAUUUCUUCUCAACCAGGAGUUGCCUCUCAAUCAGUGUGUUCUGUACAAGCAGUAAUGGCUUCUCAAUCAGUGUUGACAUCCCAUCCCGAGGAAUCUUCACAGGCAGUGAUAGCCUCACAACCACUUGCAACAUCACAGUCACAUGGAGGAGUAAGUCAAGCAGAGUCACUAGCUCUCUCUAGUGUGAGUAUGCCAAAUGUUAUGGCACUACAGGGUAGCUCAUCUGAGUUGGUGCAAACUGUAACUCCACAGUCAGUUGUGGUGCCAACCCUUGUGCCAUCUCAAUUAUCAACCAUUUUCAUGCAGCCACCUGGAGCCUCAACAUCUGUUCCUGAAUCUGUUUCUUCAAUUCUACCAAGUACUACAACCUCACACCCUGGUGUAAUACAAUCUCAUUUAUUAUCAGUUUCAACCAGUCAGCCAUCUGUAGCCUCCCAACAGGUUACAUCAGCUCAGCCAACUGUAACAAUGUCACAGCAGGGACCCUCAGCAUUACAAGAUGGAGGUCUGCCUUCCCAGUCAGAAGGAGUAGCAUCUCAGCCUGCAGCACUGCAGUGUCAGCCGUCAGUGGUGCCAUCUCUUCCUGGGGUUGUAUCAUCAGUACCACCACUUGGAGCAUCGCUGUCAUCAUCUACAGUAGCCAGUGAUGCAAACCAGGUGGAAACUUGCCCAUCACCUCAGAUACUGCCAGAUACAUAUUCUCACCUGCUAAAUGACAGGCCUGGUGGCACUGGUUUGGAGUCGCAGACCAACAACUCCAUCACAAGCAGCAACACCACCUCUUCUACCAUCACCACCACCAUGCCCUCCUCCUCAAACACAACCAUCACCUCUUCUACUCAUCCUCCAUUUGACCCCAGUGCCGCCUCCGAGUCAGAGUGCAGUGAGCAUCCAGCCGACGGGUCCAGCAGUAAGCAGCAUAUGGGACGUAAGAAGAUUCGGAAGAAGAAGACCCUCGACAGGUUUCCCAAGUUAACAGUCCUGAGCGUGACAGACACAAUGGUUGAAUGCCAGCUGGAAACCGUCAAACAAAAAACUAUAACGUUUAAAUUUGACAUCACUGAUAAUGAUCCCCAAGAUGUUGCCUACAAACUGGUAAUGACUAACUUGUUGCCUGGGAACCAUGCCGAGGUAGUGAUAAACUACAUUGAGGAUAUCAUCCGCCAGCUGCAGGUCAACCCAAAUGUUCUUCCAGUUGUCUCCAUCCCAGGACUGGACUCUCCUGGUCAACAACAUUCUCAAGAUGGCCCUACUCGAUCUCCAUCUGCCUCUAGACGCCAUCGGGAUGAUCCUGAAACAAGGGCUCGAUACCUGGCCAGGAAGCUGAGUCGAUCCUCCCCUAAACGGCGGCGGCGACACAGCUCACAUGAAGAAGGUGGAGACAGUGCCCCACCAACUCCCAGCAAGCGGGCUGAGCAUAGAGAAUCAUUAUCUCAUGGUUCUACAAGCCCUGUUCAUCAGCCACAGCCUCAACAACAGGAACCUCAGGCACAACAGACCCAGGAGCCACAGCAGCAGCAGCAGCAGCAACAGCAACAGCAACAGCAACAGCAACAGCAAACAGCUUCAACAUGUGCUCUCCAGCAGCCACCUGCAUUAUCACAAUCAACAUCACAACAACCGCAGGCUUUCAGGACGUCUCGAUUCCUGGUGAGUCCUGUGGUAGAGCGCAAGCAGAUACCUAGUGAGGAGGCGGGUGGGGGGUCAGGUGGCAGAGUUAUCCAGCAGCAAGAGGAAACUAUAACUUCCACUCCUAACCCUCUCAUGGAUGACUCCCCUAAGUCAGACUCCAUUACUGCUUCCUCUACUGCUGCUCUGCCUGUACCAACCUCCUCUGCCUCUAUUGUGCUUCUACCAUCACAAGAUCAACAGCAGAAUGAUGGUUGGGUGAGUGGUGUAGGCAUGACAGUAGCAUCAUCUGUAGCGACAUCACAGCCAGGAUCAGGAGGUCCCACUCCUCCACAUCACUGUACCCCGGAAAACACCUACACCUCUGAUCAUCAGGCCAAACUCUCACAGCAGAAUUCCCUGGAGAAGAGUGACAGUGUGACUGCUAACAGCAACCUGUCAGAGCUGGCUCGAAAGUUGCAACAGCUGGGGACGUCUGGAGGCACUGUUCCUCCGCUUUCAUUGUCUUCUUCGCAUACUCUCCCUCCAAUGUCUGCCCCACUGUCUGCACCCAGCCAUCCUGGUACUCCAAUCUCUCUAGCUACUCAACCUACCUUCAGCCAAGAACUUAGUAUGCAACUGGCAGGGGUGCUGAAUUCUGGGGCAUCGCGGUGUACAAGGGCCCUCUGGUCGCCAUCUACCAACUACAAAACCUGCCCCGCCUUCUUCCACGUUUUGGCUCCUGAGGGUGGCAGCGGUAGUGUUGAUGGUAGUAUCCUAACUACAACCAGCUUAGGGGUCCCAGUCCAGGAGGCAAAUGUUGUGAUGCAACCGCAAGGACCCCACUAUACUAACCGCACAACUGAUAUCCCUACCACUGAGCUUAUUCAACAGGUUGCAUGUGAGGUGGAGGGUAAGGAGGGAUUGCAUUCCCUUCCACUGCCCAUAGACUCACCCCACAUGCAUCCAGUGGGAGGUGUCCUCACCAUCGUGGUCACUCCCCCAUUACCACCGCUGAGCCAGGCCUUGCUGUCACACACUCAGGGUGUUCAGAGUAUGGGAAUUGAUGAUGGAAGAGCAAUUACUACACCUCCUAUCACCAGUGACUCAGUGGGUACACCGUUGGUUACUCCAGCUGGUGUGCUUAUGACUGCACCAAUUCCAGUUGAGGCAGUUGGUAUACCAGUCAAUACGGACAUGUUCCCAAGUUUGAAGCCAACACCACAACCUAUCAUUAAUUCUACAGCAAUGCAUCACAUUACUUCGUUGCCACCAGAGAUGUCUGCCCCAGGUGUCAGCAUUCCACCUGAAAUGGGAGUAUCAGUAGAACAAUCUGGACAUACAGACACCAGCCAAGUUACCCUUCAAUCUCAAGCUGCAGAAUUGGGUUGCAGUGGGGGGGAGCCAGGUCAUGUACCUGGGGAUGGUCAUGUUGGUGUUGAAGCACAUUAUGUGCCUGUUGUGCCUGGCCACAUUACAAUGGGCUUGGCACCUGGAACACCAACAGCAGUGCCUGCAGGAAUGACACCAGGUAUGAGCAUGACUGGAGCUACAUUAGGUCUUCAUCAUGGAGUGAUGUUGGCUGUGCCCACAGGUUCAGGCCAGAGGAGCAGAAUGGAUUUAAAUGCUCUUAGAGAGCAAUUGCAGAAGCUUGUGCCUGGUGCCCGCCUAACAUUGGCCCACCAUGACACUGAGGAAAGUGUUACCACUGGAUCUCCUUCCAUUGAUGGUCUACAGCCAGUGUACCCACAGCCAUCAGCUAUUGGUGGCAUACCACUCACAGUGAUGGGAUCAAACAGAGUAGAUGAUAUUAUGCCAAUGGGCCAUGGAGAAGGACUGCACACUUCAUUGGAUGGAUCAGUAGACACAAGCAUGAUUUUACCACACACUGUAAGAUUACCGGGAGGGGAGACUGUGGCCUUAGUUCCACAAGUUAUGAUGGAAGGUCGCUGUCCUUCAACGCUUGGUUAUUCAACCAUGGUGCCUCUCAAUCUAGAAAAAGCUUCUGCGUUUAAUACAGUAGGCUCUGAAGAAGCUUAUGCAUGGAGGUCUGCUGGAGUAUCCCCUGCACCAUUACAGAGUACUAUACCCCUGUCUCGCACACCUUCUUUAUUAGACUCUGAAGAACAGGUUGACAAGCAGACUCGAACCUCGCGCUUCCAAGUGACGAAGGUUGUUGAAGAAUCAGUGAGAAGGGCAUCAGAUACAUCUACGUGCAGUAGCCCUGUUAGUUCUCCUGUACGUCGUGGACGCUUUGCAGUCACCAAAGUAGCAGAGUCAGCAGAAUCUGGGGAAUGUGCUUUGGGAGGCUCUGCUUUGACACCAGGCUUGUCAGAAUCACAUCCUCAUGUCUUCUUUCGUGGAGAUUCACAGGGUGGUACUCCUUCAGAGCCUCCCUCCAUCACUGCAUCUGCUGCACCUUCCAUGACUUCUUCAUUUGUCUCGGAGGAUACUCCAGCCACCACACCUGCUACACCAGCUGCUGAUUUAGAAACAUUCACUCAACACCGGUCAACUGCCAAUAAUUCUACUGAAGACUGUGCGCCAACCAUAGAAGGCAGCCAGUUCAGUGGCGUUGUUACUAGACUCCCUGGCGAUAGGUGGCAGCCCCAGUCCCAGCCUUCAUCCUCUUCCUGUACCCUUCCCAUGCAGACACAUUUGUGUGAGGAGGCCACUGUGUCUCCCUCAACCCUACUGUAUCCUCACAAUUCCAACACAGCUGCCAGUACAAGCUGCUCAUCACAGGGAUGUCCAGCUUCACCCUCCAGUGCCACUAACCAGCAAGCAAAAGUCAAUGCUUUUAAAAACAGUAGAACAACUAAUUUCAAUGUUCCAGUCGGCUCACCAGUACACGGAACACCGAUUUUAUCGCAAAUUGUAGAGCAACCAUUUCAUCCUUUAUCUACAAGCUCUCUGCCACCAAGUGAGCCCCCACCAAUUCUCAAGCUACCCUCUAGACUGUGUGGUACUGCUAAAAAGAAAUCACAUGGUAUUGGAGGGGGAGCAAUACCCAAACUUUCUGAAACUACCAAAACAACUUUGACUAAAUUAAAAGUUUCGAGAAGCACAUCAUAUGAUGCUGAUACAGAAGAAGUAUUUGAAUCAUUGCUUGACAGUCAGUCUGAUGGAAGGGCACACACACUGUAUUACAGUAGAAGUGUUGAAGUGCAAACUGAAGAGGCUAAAGAACAAGAGCGUAAUCUUUCCUCUCUUUCACCAUCAUUAACUGUUAAAUCAAGCCUAGCACAGCGUCCAAAGCCAAAAUCUACAAGUAGUCUUACCAGUCCAGUUCCUCCUCCAAUCCCACCUAGAAACACAACUCUGAAGUCUCCCAUAAAAAAAGCGGGUAGUGUUAACUGGCUGGAUCGCAGUAGCAGCAUUUUAGACUUGGGUAAUUUGUUCGAAGAAGUGAAACAGUCUAGAGAGGCUUUACAUAAGUCACGAGAAUCUUUGAGUCGCUCUGUUGAAAAAAGCACAUUUAGUGUGUAUAGCCCAUUAUCCCGCACCAAAAGUGUAAGUAACAUACAGCAUUUGGGGUUGGCUAGUACCAGAGAUUCAGGAUUGUCACAGUCUUCUUGGGAACUUGGAGAUGCAAAUAAUUCUGCACCACACUUUCAUUCCCUUCGAGCAGGCAAUAGCAUCAAUUUUAAUGAGAUUCAAAAGUCUAGCAUGCUUUCACCAUCAUCAAAUAUAAAGCGUAGCCCAGCCCUACGAAGACUAACUGGACAGGACAGGUUUAAUAUUAGUGUAGAAGACUCUGUUUAUCAUACCGUCCAUACACCGUCUCAUGCAAGUGCAAAUCCUCGUGCUAAGUCAUCUGGUCCCACUAUCAUUCAUACUCCAGCAUUCCAGGAAGAUGUCUAUUAUACUAUUCAGGGAGGUGCUGGAGUGACUCAUCAUUAUCAAACAGAAGAAUCCCGACAGUGGCAAGUUCCAGGCUCAGUACCACUGUAUCGUCAAAGAAGUUACUGUCACUCAUCAUGCUCCAGUAGUGAAGAAGGCUUUGAAGAGGAUGAUCCUUUAUAUGAACCUUUGCAUGAAUCACCACGAAAUAUGUCACCCACAGAGGCAUACAAAACACAUUAUGCACUAGAAACACCUCACCUUUCCCCACGAUCUCCAAAAUAUUAUUAUCAUCAUUCACCUCCCCUUACAUCCCAUUAUAUUCCAUUGUCUCCCAAAAGUCCUAAACACCUUCGUUACUCUCCAAAACCACUUCAUCCAUAUGGUCAUUCACCACACCAACUGUAUCAGAGUCCUCAGUGUUCUCCACAGCCUUCACAUUACUCUCCUCAGUCCUAUCAUUACCCAUGUACCUGCAUGCACCAGAGCUACCCCAAUCCACUCAGUAGCCGACCGUGGCCCUCGCCCACAGCCCAGCUUGAAACGGGUCGUUCGUGCUCUUGGACAGAGGAUGAUGAACUGGAGACUGUCAGGCUUGAUCUAGAAGAUUUUUCAGAAGAUGAUGACAGCUUUCAACAACUUCUUUCAAAGUAAUUAUUGCACAAGGUUUUAUU